UGAGGCACUCCAGUGUUAGCAGGAAGAGUUGGUCUGAACUCUUGGGAUUAUUUUUGCCGAAAACAUGUUGGCGGUUUUCGAGAAAGCAAUAGGAAAUCCACCAGAGGAGCUAAGGCUUCCUUCUGUUGGCUUAGAUUUGCAGGGUAAGAAGACUCUGGAAGAAAUCUUGGAGACUUUCCGGUUAUUGUGGCCACAGUCAACCUUGUACCACCUUUCAAAUGGGAAUUUCAUGGCUUUGUCACAUGAAGCUGAGAGUCCUUUACAUCCAAGGUCCAUGGUUGUCAUGGAUGACAUUUUCUGUAUCUUCGUUGGGAAUCUUGCGAACAUGCCCGAACUCAGGCGACAUUACGGGCUGUCCAGACGAGCAACGGAAGCCAUGGUUGUGAUUGAAGCUUACAAGGUGCUAAGAGACCGAGCUCCAUAUCCACCUGAUCAAGUCAUUAAAGAUCUCGAAGGCAAAUUUGCUUUCAUUCUUUUUGAUGCUAGAUCUGUUACCCUCUUCGUGGCCAGGGACCGUGAAGGAAGGGUUGAACUUAAAUGGGGAAUGGCUGGAGAUGGCUCCCUGGUCUUUUCAGAUGAUCCUAACACAAUACAAGAGGCUUGUGGAAAAUCCUGUGCGCCCUUUCCUCCAGGCUGCAUUUUCAUGAAUGCGAAUGGUCUUAUAAGCUUUGAUCAUCCACUUCACAAGGUAAAAGCAAUAGCUCGUGAAGACGACGAGGGAAAAAUUUGUGGAGUAAUUUUUCAGGUGGACUUGUUCACAAGACUCCCAAGCAUUCCACGAACUGGCAGUGCUGCCAAUUGGGCAGAUAUCACCGUCCAGGAGGGAGAAUGAAGGGAUAAAGUUUUUACCAGAUUGGCAGAUGGUGAUGAAGUGGAGAAGCUGAGUAAAUUUAACAUAAUCUGCAGCAGUAUUGUUCAUGUUCUUACAACCUUUGCAUGUUUUAUGUUGGCCUCUGUUUUAAGCACCCAGUAACUUGCUUUGCAAAUAGAGUUAUCACUUUAGUUUAUCCUUUUCUUGUAUAUCUUGCUUCGAACUUAUAGCCAUGGUUAAUUUCAAUUGAUGAACUCCCACAUUCCCCGGUGAGAAAUAAAC